AUGCCUUACAACACGCGCCGCAAAUCGCUGUCCCUGCCCAGCCUGGGCAUUCACAUCCCCGUCACGCACGCCUCUCGCGCCGCCGCAUCCAAGAGCAGCUCCCGCGCCGCCUCAGCGUCCUCAGCCUCAGCCACGCCGGCGUCAUCGAGUUCCUCGCGCUCGGAAUCGCCAGAAGCACACCCCAACAAGCGCACCAAGAGAUCACAUACCGCGACAGAACCCUCCUCCUCCUCCUCCUCGAUGGCCAUUGAGAAUACCCCGCCUCCGUCGCCUACCCGCGCCAUCAGCGAGGAGAUGGCCGAUGCCGACGAGGCGCACAAGAUCGAUCUCGAGAGCAUCAAGGACGACAUUGUCGAGGCUGUUGUUGUCCAGCUGCAGUCAACCGGCAACCGCCCCCAUUUGAUUAAGGAGUUGGCGACUGUCCUUGCACAGUCCCUGACGUCUGUACAGCAGUCUGCGAACCAGUGCGCCAUCAUCUCAUCCCGCCUCGCCUCGUACAUGAAGCGGCCUUGCUGGUCUGCCUCGAACCCCUGUCCGUUGGCUAAGGAGCUCGAGACAGUACAUCCCCGACGCACUUACUAUUUCCUCACCACUCAGCCCAGACAAGCGCUUCCCGACUUCAACGCAAGUCUCCAGGCUGCUUCUGUCACCCCAUCAGUCUCCCUUACGGAGGAUUCUGGUUCCGAUGAUAUCGAGGCCAGACGGCGAGAACUGAGCCCUUCUCCAGAGGUGGAUCUGUCAGCUACCGAAUAUGACAAUGCCGAUGACGAUGUGGCGAUGCCCAUGACGCCCAUCGGAUCCUUUUCUUCACACCGGAGGCCCAUUUUGGGUCCUCGCAACAACUCUCCGCCUCUCGAGAAGGAUGAGCGGGAGUUCACACAGACUGCUGGCCAUCUGCAGAAGCGCAAACUCAACGCAGAGGCCCCCCAGUCUGAAACCGUCGAGCGUCAGAACGUCGCCAUGAUGGACUACUACAGAGACGACGCGUGGUUUGCUGAUAAUCGCACCAACGCAGCUACCAUAUUCCUGGCUAGCCCCUCCAUCAAGCCGAGCAUACCCGCUGGUCGGAAAGAAGACGAUGCCGACGCUUGGUUGAGGUUAAACAACUUGUUCGAAUGGGGCAAGGGCGCCGAAAGCAUUGAGAUCGACGAGCUCGAUUGUUUGCUGGACGCCUGCUGA